UCCAGUUGGACCCUCUGUGGCGAAGGCACCACCCUCAAGACAGAAGCCUCGGGAUGCUCGCCUGGGGCUCAGCAUGUGGCGUCUGGGUUUACGAAGUUGCGGGGAAAGGAAGAAGGAAGCGAUGUGCAUUUGAGAGAGGGGCCAGAGUUUGUUGUUAUAAUUUAUUCAGGGCCAUAUGGCAUGUUAUAGAACAGAAUUUAGGAGAUUGAGAACGCAAAACUACUAGCCCUGGCCAUAGGUUUUUUUGUUUUGUUUUGUUUUGUUUUAAAGAUUUUAUUUAUUUGACAGAGAGAUCACAAGUAGGCGGAGAGAGAAGGAAGCAGGCUCCCCGCUGAGCAGAGAGCCUGAUGCGGGGGGCUGGAUCCCAGGACCCUGAGAUUAUGACCUUAGCCAAAGGCAGAGGCUUAGCCCACUGAGCCACCCAGGCAUCCCUGGCCAUAAUUUUUAAAGUAGAGAUUAGAAAGAGAAAUUAAUCUUCUGGUGUUUGGAUUGUGGAUGUUCUGGAGCCUGUGUAAGAGCUACUGAGCGCUCAGGUGGAAAUGAUUCUGCAGGGUGAGAUGAAGAGCGACUUGGUGGGUGUUGAUGUAAGAAGAUGAAAGCCAGCCCCAUCCGCAUUCCAACUGUCAGCAAUGACACCGACUGGGACUUCUGCUUCCACCUGUCCCAGCAAGCCAAGAUCCCAGCAUACCAGCAAAGAGACGAAUUGUGUUCCUCUAGCGGGUCUGGAGAGAGUGAAGAAGACACUACAGCCGAGGCGAACGCUGUAGGCUGCAUGUCUCUUCCUAAAGAGAAAUUAGCCCAAUCCCAGAAGAAAAUAGCUCAGCUGAUUAAGAAAAAGAUGAAUACCCAAGCAAACAAGGAGCUGAUACGCUGUGUCAUCCUUUCUCGGAUUAUUUUUGGGGAAGAACACUGGAAAUGUGCACAGGCCGUGGCCAGCCUGGCUUAUGGCUACCUGACACUGAGAGGCCUCCCAGCUCAGGCCAAGAAACACGCUGAGUCCGCCAGGAACACGCUGCUGACCUGGAAGGACAGCACGACCUCAAACAAGGAGAAGAAGGAGAUCCUGGACGCUCUGGUCAUGCUGUACUAUACCCUGGGGGUGGCCUGGCUCCUGCAGAACCGUGGCAGAGAGGCUUAUUUCAACCUGCAGAAGGCAGAGAGAAACAUGAAGGAGCUGAGAGAAUUAUUUAAGGGAGGUGUACGCAAAUCCCAAGUCUCAGAGAAAGACCUGACCAUUGCUUUGGGCAGGGCCUCCUUGGCCAUCCACAGAUUGAACCUUGCUCUGGCAUACUUUGAAAAGGCAAUUGGCAAUGUUAUUGCUGCGGAGGGCAGUAGGACAUUGGAUCUGGUCAGUCUCUAUGAGGAGAUCGCUCAGAUUGAGCAGCUGAGGAGGAACCAUGAUCAGGCCAUCCAGUACUUGCAGCAGGCCCAUUCUAUCUGUGUUUCUUUGUUCACUGAAGUCAGCCCCCAAACUGCAGAGGCAAGCGCGUUACUAGCCAAGGCUCAUGCCAUGUCUGGAGAGGCCCAACACCGGGAUGCUGUUGAGAUAUAUUUUAUAAAGAGUAUCAAUGCAUAUCAAGCAACAUUGGGCCCAACGGAUUAUGAAACAGUGACAACCAUUGAAGAAUUCUGCAAAUGGCUUGUCCAGAAUGGGGAAAAACAGGAGGCUUAUAGACUGCUAAAGGCUGCACUGAAGUCUCAGGUCAUCAGCUAUGGUGACUGUAGUGAAAAGGUGGCUGAAACUUUUUACAACAUGGGCAGGAUCUGCUUUGCCAAAGGACAGCUCAGAAAGGCGAUUCAGCUGUUAAGGAAGUGUCUGAUGAUUCAAAUCCUCUUAUAUGGAAGUGAGCACAGUAAAAGCAGAGACACAAGAGACCUCCUUACCCUAUUGCAAAGGGCGAGUAACAGUUCAUCCAGGUGGAGAAGAGAAACCAUUCCAGGAAGAAGGAACUGUAUAUGCAAAGGCCCUGAGGUGUGACAGAGGACAGUGUUUGGAAGCAGUGGUCUUCUGUUAUCGUUAAGAGAAAAACCUCUAUACUAAGAUAGCCAACAAUAAAGCCAACUGUUGAUAACAAAAAUUCUGGACCACAAGAUAUAUUUAUUAACACGGAUAGCAAUGGCAGACCAAAGGUGGAACUAAGGACUGUAAAGAAAAAAACCCAAAAAACAAAAAACGGUCUACCGAGCAGCAGCAUUACAGGUAAAACACCCAGGGCCCGUUAGAACACAUGGUCCUGAUCGAGAACUUGGGGUGGGGAGGUAGGAGUCAGAAAUCUUUUUCAGCCUGAUGCUUUUAGUUUCUUAGUGACUGGGAUUCCAAUACUCUUCUUACCUUUUAUAGCUCAAAUUUCAUUCUUUUUAGUUCUGGCUUUUAAAGAAGAUAUCUAAGUUGUUGGUGGAUAUUUUAAUAUACUGUUUGGAAGUAGUUUUAGUCAUAACCUGUUUUAGGUCACUAAAACUGCCCUGUGAAGAAACAUUUGAUCUUCUGGAAACAUUUGCCCUGGUUUCAUGCCACGUGAAGGGUCAGAGUUUUUUUGUUUUGCUUUUUAAAUAUUUUAUUUAUUUAUUUAUUUAUUUGUCAGAGAGAGAGACAGACAGACAGACAGUGCACAAGCAGGCAGAGGCAGAGAGAGAAGCAGGCUCCCCACCGAGAAACCCGAUGUGGGACUCGAUCCCAGGACCCUGGGAUCAUGACCUGAGCCGAAAGCAGUGGCUUAACCCACUGAGCCACCCAGGUAUCCCCAGAGGGGGUGUUUUGAUUCUUAUUAUAAAUGAAGAAACUAGGGAUAAGAGAGACUGAUUUGUUCAAGGUCAGCCUGGUGAUUAUAAAGCUGACUUCCUGAAUCAUAGAUGAUUACAUCUUCCAUCUUACUCUGCUGCCCUCAACCCCAAACUGGAUUUAAAGAGAAGGAAUGUUCAAGGUGCUUAAAAAUAAAAAUCCUUACCCCCUGAACAAAUGUGUAUCCAGGAAAAGAAAUCAGCAAUCUCAGAUUAUAUUCUUUACUGUCUUCUUCACCUACUUAGGGAGAAAAAUCAGAUUCCUGUGAGUUUACAAUAUAAGAAACAUUUUCCCCUUUCAUCGAUUCUUGGUUAUGUUGGCAGAUUUAAUGGAGCUCAAAGACUGUCUUUGGGGAUCCAAGUGUCUUCUAACAACAUCUCUCCUUCACUCAGUGCUUACAAGAACAUUUUGAUUGUUCAUUCAGAAAAUAAUUAUUUUUAAAUUUCAGUCCUUUGUUCAGUCUGACCUCAUGAUCAACCAGAACCCCGAGCAAGGUAUAGUGGUGAGUAGUGUGCUACGGCCUAAGCACACAUAUAGCAGUUGAUCCAAUGACUUGUCUAUAGACUGGUAGUCUCCCUCCUGCAGCUGUGUCCUCCCUUAGCUGAUUCCCAGAGAGCUUUCAGUUUGGCACUCAGUUCUAAGGUCUCAGACUUAGCCCUGGCUGGAGAUGGCUAUGGCCCACUGACCUUUACUGCAGCGCUUGUGAACUGGUCACACAAUCUGUCCUUGCUAAUUUUAGUCCUGUCUGGAGACGGGCCUGCUGUUCUGACCCAGAAUAUUCUGGACUAAAGUUGCCUUAGAUGAGUCGCUUCCAUUUUUACAUAUCCAGAUGAAAAUGGGUUUACAACAAUGACUGUGAUAAAAAACAAAAGUACCAGACAGAAGUGGCAAUUUGGACUCCAUUUUGCAUGUCACUAAAAUUUUUAGAAUUAAUAUCUUGGGAGACCCCAACGUCUUAAGAUUCGACUGACACACCUGUAUCAAUAAAACAUUAGCAUGAAGUGUAACACUGCAAAAUAAAAUGUUAUGGUGCAAUCCUGUUAUUGCGUUCGAAAUUAGUUUUAAAUACUUAAGUAUUUCCAGUGUUUACUGUCAGUGUAAAGUUGCUAGUAGUCCAUUUUGUGAGAUUUUGAUGUUAAAAUGUUUAAUUAAAUGGUGGUGAUAAUGACUGGUAGCUAUAGUUUUAAUUCGCAACUUUUAGAUUCUUUUAAAAUUAGCUAACAGGCACUGAAAUUUUUGAGGUGGUUGGGGGUUAGCUAUUUCCCUACAAUCUCUGCAACAAAUUAGAAAAGGAAAAAAAAUCAAGCCCAGAUCAAACUGCCCCACAUACAGAUUUUAAUAAACAUUUGCCAACAUACAUGCAACCUAUUCCUUGAGGUCAGUAAAGCCCCACUUCUCUCUUUUGGUAGCUCACCCACCAGUUUCCAUGAAAGGCCCAUGUAAGACAAACUUGACAAUAUUUCAGAGGUGAGACUAUCCUAAUCCAGUCAGCAACAAGCAGCCAGAAGUGUUUGGACAAGAUGUCAGGAAGCAAGACCCUUUAGGGUCAAGCCUUAGGCACCAAGCCUAAACGUACAGGCUACAAGCCUCACUCGAUUCUUAUGUGCUUUCCAUGCACACAUUUAAUCAUUCCACACUUCCUGGAUAUCUCUAGUUUUGCCAAUGAGAGCCACUACUAUUAUCUAUUAUGUUGAUCAACAAGCUAUUAAUUUCAAAAGUAAUACCAACUUGAAACAUUUACUAAUCAUCAAAAUCUCU